GGCCGCGCUGGACGUUGGACCCCGGAAGUGAGGAACAGUCCUGGGGGCUUCCGCGUGGCUUGGCCGGAGUUCCCUCCACGUGGGCGAAGAAGCGGCCGGGCUGAAGAUGCCUGAAGAAGGGGAGAGAGAGGCAGGUCUAGAGAGAGAAGACGAGGAGACGGCUCUCACCCGAGAGGGGAGGCAGCGAGGGAAGAAAAGGCCUCCUGUGUCCGAAGGCACCUUGCAACCGGUGAAGCUGUGCAAAGCGGAGCUGUACAAGCCGCCCACCAGCGAAGAGCUGAGUCGCCUCAAGGAGACAGAGAACCUCUUCCAUUCCAACCUUCUGCGCUUGCAGAUAGAGGAGCUUUUAAAAGAGGUCACCCUCAAGGAGAAGAGGAAACAGAAAAUCAACUCGUUCCUCCAUGAAAUCAAUGCUGUGCUCAAGACAGUGCCUGAGACUCCCGAAAAAGAGAUCACGGACCAAUCCUGGCUCCCCAAAGGGGUGAAGGUGCCGUUCCUGCAGCUUCCUUUCAGUGUGAAGGGCAAGUUCCACUUCUUGCCUCCUGAAGAGGUGAAGGUGGUGGGGAGUUACCUGCUGGGCACCUGCAUCAAGCCCGAGGUCAACGUCGACGUGGCCCUGGUUAUGCCCCGGGAGCUUUUUCAAGACAAAGACAACUUGAACCAGCGCUAUCACCGCAAGAGGGCCCUCUACCUGGCCCACAUCGCCCAUCAUUUGGCCAAGAAGAAGCUCUUGGGGAGUGUGAAGUUCGCCUACAUGAAUGGAAACCAUCUUAAGCCGAUUGUGCUCUUGCAGCCUCAAGGCAAAGAUGCCAAGAUGGUGACCGUCCGCCUCUUCGCCUGCCCGGCCCAAGGGGUCUUCAAGCCUAGCCGCCUGCACCCCAGCAAGAACAACGUCCGCACCGCCUGGUUCCUGGAGAAGGACUCACCUGUGGCAGGAGCUGCUGAGCCCCCGACCCCCCAUUACAACAACUCCAUCUUGUGGGAUCUGGUGAUGGAAUCCCACCUGGCCUUCCUCUCAGGGGCUGCCAAUGGUUUCCAAGGCAUGCGAGAUGGCGUGGCUCUCCUUAAAGUCUGGCUGCGCCAGAGGGAGCUCGACAAGGGUCUCGGAUGCUUCAGUGGCUUCCUGGCUUCCAUGCUGGUGGGCUACCUCUUAACCACUAACAAAAUCAACAAAAUGAUGAGCGGUUACCAAGUGUUGAGAAAUACCCUCCAGUUCUUGGCUACGACAGACCUGAGUUGUUCCGGAAUCCGUCUUUCGAAGGAUGAAGAGGCGACGCUGCAUUCCCUGUCGGACUUCCAUGGGGCAUUCCAGGUGGUUUUUGUGGACCCUUCAGGACUGGUCAACCUGUGUGCAGAUAUGACCGCCAGCACGUAUAAGCAGGUCCAGUUCGAAGCCAAACGUUCCAUGGAGGUUCUAGAUGACAAAACCGUGGACGGAUUCCAGUUGCUGCUUAUGACCCCCAAGCCUUGGAUCCGGACCUUUGACCAUGUGUUUCACCUCAGCAAUCUCUCGAAGCUUCAGACCGCCUCCAAGAAGAUGCGGCUUCUCAACGAACUGAUGGACCGUGGUGGGAACUAUGUGGCCGCAACGCUGCCUUUCCUCCUCAGUUUGCUGGAACGUGGGCUGGGCCAGCGGGUCGUCCUCUUGACACACAGUUUGCUCCAGACUCAGCCGUGGUCAAUCGACACCGAUCCCCCGAAGCACAAAGAUGCUGGGUCCUUGUCAUUUGGACUUUUGCUGAGCCCCGAUUUUGCGUCCAGGGUCUUGGAGAGGGGACCUGAAGCGGAUAAACCCGAGGCGUUGGCGUUUCGGCAGUUCUGGGGGCAGCGCUCGGAGCUGAGGCGCUUCCAGGAUGGAGCCAUCUGCGAAGCCGUUUUGUGGGAGGCGCCAAACAUGAGCCAGAAACGCCUCGUUCCGGAGCAGAUCAUCCGUCACCUCUUGCGGUUACACAUGGACAUUCCUGAAUCUGCCAUCUGUUACACAGGCGCCAAGCUGGAGUCCGUAAUUAAAAUCGGUCGUGAGCCGACAGGUACGGGCGAGGAGGCCACUGUGAACCUGGUCCGAUCCUAUGACGACCUGAGCCGGAAGCUGUGGAACCUGGAGGGACUGACGCUGACGGUGACCGCUGUGCAGGGGGCUCACCCAGCCCUCCGAUACACAGAUGUUUUCCCUCCGGUGCCCGUGAAGCCCGAUUAUGCCUACCACGCCAGGAUCAAGAACCGAGAGUCACUGUUGCCCUUGAUGCAGAAACCCUGCCCGGCUUACAUAGCCCCCGUGAAAGUGCUCUGCCACAUGGAGGGAAGUGGCCAGUGGCCCCAGGACCGGGAAGCCAUCCGACGCAUCAAAGCGGCGUUCCAGCUGCAGCUGGCAGAGCUGCUGCGCAAGCAGCACCGUCUCCUGUGUCGGCCCGCCCCCACCCACACAGAUGUGUAUAAGGACGGCUACGUCUUCCGCGUCCAAGUAGCCUACCACCGAGAGCCCCAGAUCCUGAAGGAGGUGGUCACCCCGGAAGGCAUGCUGAAAUAUCGGGACACUCCGGAAUCCCAGCAGCUGGAACUGGAGACGAUCCAUUUGCCCUUCCUGACCAGCUCUCUCCACGGCCUGCAGCAGCAACAUCCAGCUUUCAGCGGCACCUCCCGCCUCGCCAAACGCUGGAUCAGUGCCCAGAUGCUGAGCAACGGCCUCUCAGAGGAGUGCGUGGACCUGUUGGCGGCGUUCCUCUUCCUGUGCCCAGCGCCCUUCACGGCACCCAGUUCUCCCCAGGUGGGCUUCCUGCGCUUCCUCCACCUGAUGGUCUCCUUUGACUGGAAGAACACCCCCCUCGUCGUGAAUUUGAACGCCGAGCUCAAAGACGCAAAUUAUGUGGAGAUCCAGAACCAUUUCAUCGCUGCCCGGCCUCACCUCCCCGUCAUGUUUAUCGCAACCCCAAGAGAUCAACGUAGCUCGCUGUGGACCAAGGACAAGCCUUCAGCCCAGAUCUUACAGCGCCUUCUUGUGUUGGCCUUGGAGUCUCUUCGGGCUUUGGAACGGCAGCUCAUGGACCCUCUGGGAAGCCAGGAUGUGAAGAUGGCCUUCCGGCCGCCUUUAGAUCUGUACGACGUCCUGAUCCACUUGAGACCCAAGCAGAUCCCGAGGCACUUGGAGGCGGUGGACAGGCCCGUCAAGUCCUUCAGCCGGGGAACGUUGAAGGAUGAUGUUGCGGUGAAGGCCCUUUCGUUCCCGGUGGUGGAUUACGACCCGGUGCAGAACUACCUCCGGGAGCUGCGGCAAGCUUUCAGUGACCUUGCCCUCUUCUUCUACGACAAGCACGGAGGAGAGGUGAUCGGAGUCCUCUGGAAACCUUCAGCCUUUGAGCCGCAGCCUUUCAAGGUGACGAGCAUGAAAGGACGGAUGCUGUCCUCUCUCGGCGCUGAGCCCAUGACUGUUCCCAACGUGGAGGCCAUUUUGGAAGAUCUUGAGAUCUUGGGCGAAGGACUGGUCCAGUCGGUGGAAGCUCGCACAGAGAAGUGGUCGAUCUAAAACCUCAUCAUCGGCUGCCCCAUCCAGACCAUGCCUACCCAUCCCGGGUCUUCCCACCCAAGAACUGGAUCUUGGUCUUUUACGAGAAAGAUAUUUUUUUUAUUACACAGAAACUUCAUUCUGUCUUGUGUUCUUUUGUAGACAACUUCCCAUUGAGAUCACUCUGACCCCAAUUAAAAAACAACAACCUCUUUUACUAGAGAAAAAAAAACUGUUAACUUUCCUUCUUUGCCUUUCAGGACCAGAUAAAUAAUUGACAAGUUGCUCUUUAUUCCUCGGGCGGAAUUCUAAGGAGCGCGUCAUUCCCUCCAAAAGCAGUCCAGGUAUAAAAGGAUGUUUUCUCUGGAACUUUUUGACACCUGUGGUGACAUGUCAUACAAGAGCGCCCGCUAUCCAAGUCAUGAUCUAGUUUGAGGCAAAAGGACUGAGAUACCUUAUAAAGCUAUCCAGACAGGUGCAAUUCCUCCAAAAACAAGGAUAUCCUAAAGCCGAUACAUUCUGUGUCCCUUUCUCAAAAUGGUUGGGCAUUAAGGCAGAAAACCCAACCGCUACCUUGAAGCUUUCCCGUUUUGGUUAAACUCCUCCUGGACAUUUUGUCAAAGUAGCGUACGGGGUUGCCCCAGCACUAAUACAAGGCCCUGUGCCCUCAGUGUCUUUAUUUAUGGGGUAUUCUUCCCCCUUUUUUCCUUGCACAGCCCAGUGCACGUGGGUUCCUGCAACCCAUUUCACCUUUCCGAUAACAAGGAACAGGUAAGGAGUGGGUUAUUUAAAUGUACACGGUGUGCAAACAGAGAAGACGCUUGUUAAACGCUUCCAAAUAUAAUAUUUUUUUAAUUAACACUUAUAAACUUUGGUUUUUUAAAAUGGUGAACUUCAUCUGGAGCAGGCAUUGGCUGUAAGAGACUGGAGCCAGCCUUCCUUUAUGGUGUCUCGGGGCUCUGAAACGGUAGCAGGCACAAACUUCCCCACCUUGUAAAAAGAUAAAAAGGGUUGGCCUGCUGCUCCCAGGAUGAAUCAGCCAACAUGGCCAUGUGGGUGGUUCCAGGGAGCCCCCCCCCCCAAAAAAUAACUUUUCUGAGCUCUAGAGUAGCCACAUUGACACCUGAUAAUUCUAGGAAUUGCACCUGAAAAAAUGUUAGUUUGACAAGCUCUGGAAAAGAGAGCAAGGAGAAUGAAGAUGGAGUGGCAUUCUGUUGGAGUUUUUGCAACCUUGCAUGCGGCCUUUAGGAGUUUUGGCUUGGGGAGGGCCUUUCUGGGCUGAGGUGACUGUCAGCCUAUCCAGAACUAGCCGAUCAGUCCUUACCUGGCUCUGAAUUCAGAGCCGUGCCUCUCUGCUGAGUGCUUUUCUCCCCUCUCUUUUGAGUCGUUUGAGGUCUGUUGUUGGAGGCAGUCAGUCUGGUUGUCAGUUUGCUGUUUGAUCUGUUCAGCUGUAAGUAAAAUGACACAUUUUUUAUUCUUUCUCUUGGAAAUGUCAUUGAGAUUGUAAGUGCCAGUUAAUGAGAAGAGGGGGUGGACUACUCUGCAGAACUUGGAAGGGAUUCGGCUCUGUGAGUUCCCUGCACUUCUGCCAGGGGGCUAGC